AUGCCGCAGGGUAGCUUGAGGCAUGCAUCUGUCCAUGGCACUCGUCCAUCCGUGGCAGCCCUCGGCGUGGUUUCCUUCCAGGGGGUGAUUGCUGAUUUGAAGCUGCAAGGGGACCCAAGGGCAGCUGAGCGCCAGUGUGAGGAAGAGGAGGAUGACACUGAGGAGGUCUCCGGUGAUUUCGGCAGCGGAGCAGAAGGUGGACACCAACCCUCGGGGAAGGUUGGGGGUGUCCCAGGGCUGGUGGAUGCUGUCCCUGUCACCUCUCCCCCCGUGGAGGCAAGCAGUGGGCCAAGGAGCGGGGGAGGCUCUCUGCAGCAAGCUGAGAGGACCAGAGCGGAGGAGACGCUGCAGAUCUCCACAGGAGGUACCGGCCCCAAAGGUGAAAAGGGGGAGAAGGGUGAACGUGGCCUGAAAGGGGACUCGGGGACUGGCAGCAUCGUGGGGACAGGCAGUGUCAAGGGUGAAAAGGGGCAGAAAGGAGAACUGGGCAUUAAGGGCAGCGCUGGAUUUGGCUACCCGGGGUCCAAGGGCCAGAAAGGGGAACCGGGCAACCCCGGUCCCCCUGGGACCCUCUCGCGGCAUGCUGAUGGCUUGGUGGUGGAGCAGGUCACUGGUCCCCCAGGGCCGCCGGGGAAAGACGGAACCCCCGGCAGGGACGGCGAGCCUGGCGAUCCUGGCGAGGACGGCAAACCUGGCGAUAUGGGACCCCAGGGAUUCCCUGGGAUGCCAGGGGAGCCUGGUCUGAAGGGGGAGAAGGGUGACCCAGGUGUGGGGCCGAGGGGACCCCCCGGACCACCUGGUCCCCCAGGACCACCAGGACCCUCCUCCAAGCAUGACAAGCUGACCUUCAUCGACAUGGAGGGCUCUGGCUUUGGUGGCGACCUGGAGAGCCUGCAGGGUCCACGAGGACCACCCGGUCCCCCAGGGCCACCCGGUGUGCCUGGUUUGCCAGGGGAGCCAGGACGGUUUGGGAUGAACCGCACGGACCUGCCAGGACCACCGGGGCUGCCAGGCAGGGAUGGGACACCUGGACCCCCAGGGCCAGUGGGUCCUCAGGGUCCUCCUGGAAGAGACGGGGCAGCUGGGCAGCCAGGACCCAAAGGAGAGCGGGGUGAUGUGGGUGACCUUGGCCUCCCUGGUGCACCGGGAUCCAAGGGCAGCAAGGGAGAAAUGGGACCAGCAGGACCCCCGGGAGAAAUGGGUUUAGCUGGCCUUCCCGGGCCCAUCGGACCCCGAGGGCAGCCAGGGCCCCCCGGUCCCCCAGGACUGCCAGGGCCAGGCUACGAGGCUGGAUUUGGCGACAUGGAGGGCUCAGGGCUGUUAAUCACCGCCAGCUCCCCUGGACCACCUGGACCCAAAGGACCACAGGGGGUGCCGGGACUGCCAGGGGUGAAGGGGGAGGUUGGCAGCCCCGGGCAGCCCGGUUUGCCGGGACUGAAGGGAGAUGCUGGCAUGCCCGGCGUGGAUGGCCGCCCUGGCCUGGAGGGCUUCCCCGGACCACAGGGACCCAAAGGUGACAGAGGCAGCCCUGGCGAGAAGGGAGAGCGAGGCCAAGAUGGUGUGGGGCUGCCUGGUCCCCCUGGUCCACCUGGUCCCCCUGGACAAGUCAUCACUGUCUCAAGCAAAGAUGGCAGACCAGGUCACGCUGGCUUCCCGGGCCCAGUGGGACCAAAAGGAGACCGGGGGUCAUCUGGUCCCCAGGGCUCCCCGGGGUUGAAGGGGGAGAAGGGGGAGCCCGGUGUCAUCAUCAGCCCCGAUGGGACCGUGGCCACUGCGAAGGUGAAAGGAGAAAAGGGGGAGCCAGGACUGCGGGGACCUAUGGGACCCUCAGGUCCCCAGGGACGAGCAGGGAUGAAGGGAGAGAUCGGCUUUCCAGGAAGACCCGGACGUCCUGGCAUGAACGGGCUGAAGGGUGAGAAGGGUGACCCUGCGGAUGUCAGUAGUGUUCUGGGCUUGCAGGGUCCCCCGGGACCCCCAGGGCCCCCAGGACCCCCAGGGCCACCUGGCAACAUAGUCUAUGACAGCAGCAAUGCCUUCAGUGACUCUGGACAUCCCUCGAUGCCAGCCUUCCCCGGUUUCCACCAGUUUCCAGGACAAAAGGGAGAGAAAGGCGAUGCCGGAGCCCCAGGACCUCCAGGCCAUUUCCCCUACAACCUGAGUCACUUCAGUGCCAGCCUACGGGGUGACAAGGGGGAUGCAGGUUCCAAGGGUGAGAAGGGCGAGCCGGGCAGCACCCCACUCUACAGUCCCAGCAUCUCUGGGCCACCGGGGCCUCCGGGGCCCCAGGGCUACCCUGGGCUGCCGGGUCCCAAGGGGGACAGUAUCGUUGGGCCACCGGGGCCUCCAGGACCUCAGGGUCCCCCUGGUAUUGGAUACGAGGGGCGGCAGGGCCCCCCUGGCCCUCCUGGACCCCCUGGUCCACCCUCCUUCCCAGGCCCCCAUAGGCAAGCUAUCAGCAUCCCUGGACCUCCUGGACCACCAGGACCCCCCGGACCACCAGGCAGCAGCAGGAUGUCCUUGGGGCUACAUGGCCUGCCAACCUACCAGGCAAUGCUGAGCACCGCACACGAGCUGCCCGAGGGCAGCCUUGUCUUCCUGACUGACCGGCAAGAGCUCUACGUCCGCCUGCGCGGGGGCUUCCGACAGGUGCUGCUGGAGGAGCACACCCUGAUCCCCAGUUCAGCUCUGGACAACGAGGUGUACGACAAGCCGCCCAGUGUCCACUAUGCUGGUCCUCAGCCCCCCCUCCAGCCCCGUGGACCCCUGCACCCCCUCCGCAACCAUGGCUCACCACCCACUGCCCAACCCUGGCGUGGGGAUGAGGUGGUGGCCAACCAGCACCGCCUGCCCGAGCAACCCCUGCUCCACCACCAGCAUGAGCUCCUCAACAGCUACUACAUCCACCGCCGGCGUGCCCAUGUGCACCAGGACUUCCAGCCUGCCCUUCACCUCGUGGCCCUGAACACCCCACUGAGUGGCGGCAUGCGCGGCAUCCGGGGCGCCGAUUUCCAGUGCUUUCAGCAAGCCCGGCAGGUUGGGCUGGCUGGCACCUUCCGUGCCUUCCUCUCCUCCCGCCUUCAGGACCUCUACAGCAUCGUACGUAGGGCCGACCGUGCCGUUGUGCCCAUCGUCAACCUCCAGGACGAAGUGCUCUUCAGUAACUGGGAAGCCCUUUUCACGGGCAGUGGGGCCCCACUGCGAGCCAGCGCCCGCAUCCUCUCCUUCGACGGCCGAGAUGUCCUGCGGGAUGCGGGAUGGCCACAGAAGAGUGUCUGGCAUGGCUCAGAUGCCAAGGGCCGGCGCUUGCCUGAGAGCUACUGCGAGACGUGGCGGACAGAGGAACGCACCGCCACCGGCCAGGCUUCCUCACUGGGUUCUGGCAAGCUGCUGGAGCAGGUGGCCAGCAGCUGCCAGCAUGCCUUCGUUGUCCUCUGCAUCGAGAACAGCUUCAUGACUGCCACCAAAAAGUGA